CCAACGCUACUUGUUAAGAAUAGAGAAGCUGCUAGCUAAUAAUAGCAAUUCAGUUGAAUCCUUGCUCUUGUUGUUCAUUUAAAGCUCACUAACUUCACGCAGCGCACCACUUGCUCGCGUUAAAAUAAGCAAUGUCAAAGGCUUAGUUUUGCAAGUCAUUGGGAAGGAAGGACACUCGGACCGUUUUUUGGGAUGAGACACCUUUUCCGAUUGCCCGUCCCGAAAAUGGUUCGCAUCAUGCGGCCAGUCGGGACGUCGCUUAAAGUACAACAUCGAGCAUCACUGCUGUCGUCUCUCCAGGGAGACAACAUCUGCAAUGGGUCCCAUAGCAAGAAGGCUCUACUCUCGGACCCGGGGCUGUUCGAAGCCCAGUUCGAAGAGCUAGUACAGGAGCUGACGGAGCAGGACAUCACCGAUCCUGUACUGCUCGACGCUAUGAACCGGCUCAGAGAGGUUUUGCUCUAUAAUACCCCGGGAGGCAAAAGGAAUCGCGGCCUGUCUGUGAUUGGCUCCUUGCGGGAGCUCCUCCCACCGAGUCGGCUGACGCAGGACGACGUGCAGCGCGCUCUAGUGGUCGGAUGGUGUAUUGAAUUGCUUCAAGCCUUCUUCCUUGUCGCCGAUGACAUUAUGGAUGGGUCUGUGACCCGCAGAGGACAGCCCUGCUGGUACAAGAAGGACGGCAUUGGUUUGGAUGCCAUCAACGAUUCCUUCCUCUUGGAGGGCUCCAUUUACAGACUUCUCCGCAGGCACUGCAGAAACCAGCCCUACUAUGUCCACCUGCUAGAGCUAUUCAAUGAGACCUCCUUCCAGACAGAACUGGGCCAAGCUCUGGACCUCAUGACAGCGCCCCCUGGUCACAUUGACCUCAACAGAUUCACCAUCGAGAGGUAUAAAGCUAUUGUGAAAUAUAAGACUGCCUUCUACUCCUUCUACCUCCCGGUGGCAGCAGCGAUGUACAUGGCUGGAAUCAGUGAUGAAGAGGAGCAUAAAAAUGCCAAACUAAUUUUACUGGAGAUGGGUGAAUUUUUCCAAAUACAAGACGACUACCUGGACUGUUAUGGAGACCCGGCUGUGACAGGAAAGGUCGGCACGGAUAUCCAAGAUAACAAGUGCAGUUGGCUUGUCGUCAGGGCGAUGGAGGUCAUGACCCCUGAACAGAGAACAGAGUUAGAGGCGUGUUACGGGCGGCAUGACGACGCCAGCGUGGGAAAGGUCAAAGCGUUGUACGACGCCCUGCAGAUGCCGAGCCUCUACCGCAAGUACGAAGACGAGAGCUACCAGCGCUUGCAGAAACUCAUCGCUCGUCACGCUCAGAACCUUCCUCAUGCCGUGUUCCUCAAUUUUGCCAAGAAGAUCUACAAGAGGAACAAGUGAAUGGGACAAUGAUAAACCAUAGUGGCAGUGGUUUAAAUGAACGAUUCCGCUUCUAUUCACUGUAGCAUCGCCGAGUCAUUCUCUUCUGGAUAGUUAAAAAUUCAUCUGUGAUUUGAAGAUGCUUGAAUUUUGCGAUACAAUGUAUAACGAGAGCUGCACUUUGAGGCUGUCUAUAUUUUUAUAUCUGCUGCUGUAAGUAUAGCCUGCCUAGGACUUGUCGUUUAUUGCCUUUAAUAAAUAUCAAAUGUACAGAUA